AUGUUGAGUAGUGGAGAGCGCAGCUCCUUGGUGCACCUUAUUCUUCAACGGAAGGUAGUGGUAGAAUUACUUCAAGUAGUCAUUGCACGGGGUGCCGCUUCGAAGAACAGCGUCCUGCAUGGUGCGGUAGGUUCUUCUGAAGCUUACAGAGAGAAAGAGGAUCAAUGCACCCAGUUGUGCAACUGCAUCGCCUUAGAUGCGUCAAAGUCACCGCACGCAAAAAUUAGUAUCCUUUCCGCAGAAGUUGAGCGCGUGCGCGGCCCCAAUGGUAUCUCACUCCUGGAUUUUAUGGCGUUAUCUCCGCUUUUUCUGUUGGCUUUCUCUCUUAAUAAAUUACUGUACAGUUUCCACUCCCCGGAAUGUCGAAUGGCUUCCAUAGAACUUGCACUGGCAUACGCUUCUCAGGGUGCGUAUGAGGGUGCCAGUAGAUUGCUACGGAGUACGCGGCGAUCCCCGGUUCUUGAGCCCGCGGCGGCGGCCGUUGUGGAAGAGCUCGAAGCCUUUCUGCGCAUGUCUAGGGGUAAGAUGACUUGUACCCUCUCCGACGCAAAAUUCCAGCACCUCCUACCGCUUGUGGUUGUGCUUGGGGAGGGAAAGGGCUCUAAUGCGGUAAUCGGUGUGAAGGAUCGCCUUCAGGAAUGUAGGCAGAUGGGUCUCCCCGAUACCGACAUGCUUUAUUGUUAUUUGUCUGCUCUUACAGCUGGGUUCUCCAUGCUUGCGAGGUAUUCGCAUGAUACCAAACUGGAGGAAGCCAGGCGAGACAUCUUAAUGCGAUCGCGUCACGCAAAGACACUAGAAGAUUUGCAGAUGCUGAAGGAGUUGGCGCAGCAGCAGAUCCAAGAGAAGUGCACGCUUAACGCCAAACGCGUGGAGGCAGUGAGGUUUAUUCAAUCUAUUAUGCGGCGUUGUGAGGGGUUUCUACGCGGUGCGAGUUGUCAAGACCUUGGUGCGGUUUUUGCGUUUGCCGUGGUUAAGUUGAGAUGGGAAAAGGAGUGUGAGAUUGUGACUGACCGCGGGUUUGCGGAAAGGUUGGUUGCGUUUUCACAAACCCAGGAACUAGACCCUGCUCUUCGCGUGAUCUUGCUCGCCGACAGCACGGCGGUCCUAGAAGGAACUAAAGAACAACCUGCUUCUUACGUCUACGAUUUAUCAUGGGUAGAAUUACCUUCAGAAGGUGAGGGCCUCACUUCACAAGCCCUCUUUGGGGACUAA